UCCUCCUCCUCUUUCUUUUUCAUCCUUACGGCUCUUUUCUUGAAAUCAUCAGCAUCUUCAUCACUCUGCCCCUUCUGAGCUUCAUCUUCUUGCCCUCGUCUCUCUAUCUCUCUCUCGCUCCCUUACUCUUUCUUUUCAUCCUCAUCCUCAUCUUCUUCUUGUUUUUUUUUCAUUCUUCAUGAAAAGUUCAAGUUAUCGGUUUCAUUUCAAGUUGAGAGGUUACCUGAGUUAGUUCAAAGUCUUAAAAUAGCUUCAAGUGUCGAGACUUUUUUUUAUUAUUCCAAACAAAAUAUAAUAUAAACAAGCCAUGCAAACAUUACUUCAAAAUCAGGAUCAAAGUGACAAUUCAUCGACAAUCAAAAGUAUUCACUCUCUUGCCUCCAUGGAUCGACAGUACACUUCCCAUCGUCAUCGUCGGUGUCGUGACAAUUCAUCUUCCUCAUCUUCUUCAUCUUCUAACUCAGUAACCUUGUGGCUUAUGGUUUUAUCCAUUCUCGUCAUCAUAGGAAUCAUCACCAUCGGAUUUGUCUUAAUCUACAUCGUGGUCAACAGCGGUAUCACCGUUGGUUCAUCAACAGCUUCCGAAACUCGAUUACUUGACGAUCACAAUAAUCGACCUGAGAAUACUCCAGUUGUCAUUGAACUUCUACAAAAACCUUCAUCCUCUGUUCCUCCAUCAACCUCAUCAUCGCUUCAAAAUGUAGGAAAACAACAACGAAGCAAAAGGUCACCUCUUCUCUCAUCAUCUUCCACCUUUGUUGAAGGUUCUUCCGAUCCGAUCAACUUUUACCGUCGAUAUGAUGUAGCCUACGACAUGCCGAAAGCCGAGUGUAUCCGCCGAAGUCUUCCCAUGUGCAACGGUCAAGUUCCUUACAAUUCAACAGUCUAUCCAAACUACAUUGGUGACAACAACGAACUCGAAGCCUCAAGGUCACUUCCUUAUUACAAUUACAUCGCCAAAUCAAAGUGCAAUCGUCGGAUAAAACAAUUACUUUGUACCUUCCUUGAGCCUCCUUGUGUUGAAGGUCGACCGAUUCCUCCAUGUAAAAAGUUUUGUCGAAUCGCUCUCGAAGGUUGCGCUGAAUAUGUACCUGCGACCCUUGAACUUUCCGCUGCAUUUGAUUGCCGCCGUUACCCUGAUUCAACUGACCCUUCCGUCUGUGUCAACUUGGCCAUCGGCAAAGGCUGUGCAGCCGAUGAGUUUCAAUGUCCAGAUAAAAGUUGCAUCCCAAAGCAUUGGCUUUGUGACGGCGUAAGAGAUUGUGCUUUCGCCGCCGACGAGGCAAAUUGCGCCGGUGUUGCUUGUUCCAGUGAAGAGUUUGAAUGUGAUCGGAAAUGUGUCCCACUCUCUUGGCGAUGUGACGGUGAUCGUGAUUGUAUGGACGGUGCCGACGAGGCCAAUUGCUCAUACAAACCAGGCUGUGGUCCCGAUAGGUUCAAAUGUGCCGACGGAGCGGGUUGUAUACCCAAGCGAUGGGUCUGCGACGGUAAAGCUGAAUGCCGAGACGGAAGUGAUGAAGUUGGAUGUACUCAAAAAGAAUGCACUCAAGGUGAUUUUAAAUGUAACAAUGGCAUUUGUAUUCCUAACAUUUGGCUAUGUGAUGGUCAAGAUGAUUGUAAAGACAAUUCUGAUGAAAGAAACUGUGGUGGACAAGGUCCAGUUAUCUCUUCACAUUUUCCUCAAUAUACUUCAUCUUCAGUAUCUUCAUCAACUUCAUCCUCAUCCUCAUCCUCAUCUUCAUCUCCAGGAGAGUCAACUCAAAAUCAUAACGAUUUAAAUCAUAAUCAUAAUCACCAACAACGACCUCAUGUUCAACAUCAAUCACACCAACAACAACAACAACAACAUCAACAACAAUCAAUUAAUCAUCGACCUAAUUUACAUUCAAUUGGUCCUUAUUUCUCACAUAAUAAUAUUUAUCGUUGGCUUCAUAAGUGAUUUGAUUAACAAUUAACUUCCGUUUUUCAAUAAUCUUAUCUGUUAAUCAUCAUUCUCAUCGUCAUCAAAAUAAUCAUUCAAUUAACUGAUUAAUUAGAGUAAUUAAUUUACUGGUAAUUAAUUGAAUCAUCUCUCUCUCUCUCUCAGUGUCUCUCACCUUUUCAUGAAAACGAGUUAAUUGUGAAAAAAGAAAUCAAUUAAUUGUCAAUUUUAAAUUUAUACACAAUUAGUUUAACAUCCUCAUCAUUAAGAAAAGUUAAUUAACUCUAUUAAUCUUUAUCAUUAAUUUUUAACGUCCAUUCCCACCGAUUAAUUAAUUCAUCACUAACUAAAUUAAUUAUUUAUCAGUAUCGAUAAUGGUUAACUUUUUUCCCCCUCUUCGCAAUUACAAUUAACCAAUUGAUUAAGUUAAUUUUGUUUCUUAUUCAAUAUUUGAUUUCUAAAUCACUUAUUAUUAUUAUUAUUAUUACUUUUUAAUUACUACUACUAAUUAUAAUUACUAAUUGUUGCGGGUAAAUUAUUAGACUUUAAUAUAAAAAAAAUUAGCGAUUGGUUUUCCAGGGUAAAUUUAAUCAACAUAAUUAACUUAAUCAUUUCUGGUGAUGAUGAUGAUAAUUUAAUUAACUUAAUUCACACUUUAAUUGUGUGGGUGUCGCUCUGCCCCUUUCCCUUAAUCACAUUAUUAAUUAACUUUAAUAGUGUCUCUUAAUUGUAUUUUCCAGAUUGGGAUGAAUGAAACAAUCUAGUUAAUUGUAUUCACUUCAAUCAUGAAAAAAAUCAAAACUUUACUAAUAAUAAUCAACUAAUUGAUUAACAUUGUCACUAAUGUUUAUUGUAAUUGUGAACAAUCAAAUGUUAAAUCAGUUGAAAAUUUUAUUUAAUUGAUUUACACCUUUAAACUAAAUCAUAUUGGUUUACUAAUCUUGUAUUACUAUUUGUGAUAGUUAAAUUAUUUAUACAUCCAUUGAUUAUUAAAAUAUAAAUUGUAAUAGUUAAUCAAUUGAUUGACAAUUAACAAGAAACAAAAUGGAUUUUAUUUAUUUGUUAAUUGUAACGAAAUCACUAUCAAUUAUCAUUGAAUUAAAGAGGCCAAACAAUUAAACUGAUUCAUAUAUACA